CGGAUGUUUUUUGCCCCAUGAAGUUUGGGUAUAUGGCAGUGGGAAGAGGAUGGCCAAGUUUAAGGUAAAAAUCUGGAAUAAAAAGAUUAAAGAAGGGAAUUUGUCUGAGUUAGGCCUUUUUACUUAUAUUUUAACCAAAUACAGCUGUGCAGUGGUUGUAAAACAAAUCAUUCAGUGUAAUUGCCAAGUCUGUAAAGAUCUGCCUAGCUUCAACAGCCUGUGGUAAUGACAGAGAUGAGUGUUUUGUGAUUGUGUGCUUGCUGUAGUAUCAGGGGGAGAAACACCAUGUGUGACCAGCAGUUGUAAGGGGCCUGUAGAUUUAUAUCCAGAAUGUUCUAUUUUAUGAAAUGCGGCGAGGCGUUGCAUUCUAGAAUAUGGAGUAUUAAGGAGAAGGCGAGAACAAAUACCAAAUGUGGCAAACCAUUGUUGCACAUCUUGUAAUCCAAUACAUACUGAAAAGAAACUAAACGUUAUAACUGUAAUCUGUAUUACUGUUGAGGACUAAAAGGCUUUGUGGAUAAGAUGGACACUCAGUCACAGCCUGUAGUCAUUGUUUCUCAUUGUCUUUGACUAGUAAUUUAGCUUGUGGAGGAAUACUAGUCUUUUAGAGUUGCACUCUGACUGCCUCUGGAUUAAUCCAAGGACUUCUAACAUCUCUAUAUAAAGAUUGUUAAUGCCUUCCACUGACAUUGGCUGAGGUCACCUGGUGCUUAAUGCUGAUGAAAGAAACCCUCCUGUCAGCAAAUAGGGUCAGGGUAAUCAGCACCCCGCAGAGAUCCGCAGGGACGAAUGCAGUCCUGCUUGGUAGUCCUCACACACCAAAUACACAAUUCAUCACACAGAGCCAGGUGGCAGACUCUUCCCCCUGGUCCACAGGUAAGCGGAAUAAGAAAGGGGAGAAGAAUGGCAAAGGGCUGAGGCAUUUCUCCAUGAAGGUGUGUGAGAAGGUUCAAAGGAAAGGAACGACCUCUUAUAACGAGGUCGCUGAUGAACUGGUGGCAGAGUUCAGUACCCCAGAUAACCACAUUUCACCCAAUGAUUCACAUGUUUACGAUCAGAAAAAUAUCAGACGUCGAGUCUAUGAUGCCUUAAAUGUGCUUAUGGCAAUGAAUAUUAUCUCUAAGGAGAAGAAGGAAAUCAAAUGGAUCGGACUCCCUACCAACUCAGCUCAGGAAUGUCAGAAUUUAGAGGUGGAGAGGCAAAGAAAACUUGAGAGAAUAAAGCAAAAGCAAUCCCAGCUACAGGAACUCAUUCUACAGCAAAUUGCCUUUAAAAAUCUUGUUCAGAGAAACCGUCAGCAAGAGCAGCAGACGAGUCGACCCCCGCCUUCCAACUCUGUGAUCCACUUACCCUUUAUAAUAGUGAACACCAGCAAGAAGACAGUCAUUGACUGCAGCAUCUCAAAUGACAAGUUUGAAUAUUUAUUUAACUUUGAUAACACUUUUGAAAUUCACGACGACAUUGAGGUGUUGAAGCGAAUGGGAAUGGCCUGUGGUUUGGAGUCUGGGAAGUGCUCACCAGAGGACCUGAAGAUUGCAAGGAGCUUGAUACCCAAAGCACUGGAACCAUACCUAACAGAAAUGGCUCACGGAUCAAUCAACAAUGUUUAUGUCCCUGGAGAGGCUUCCAAUGGGGGUCGUUGUCAUACUGGGAGUGACAAUGGUGCAGAAGGGACAGUGGCCUCCAGUUCUAAUGGCUCCCAUUACAGUGGCUCCAGAGUAGAGACCCCUGUGUCCUACAUGGAGGAUGAUGAUGAAGACGAGGACGACUAUGACGAGAAUGAUGACGAAGACUAGCCCUCCCUGAUCUUUUGUAACGUCAGUUCAGCCAGCUUCAGGAGUAACCUUUUGGUCUGAGUUCUUUCUCUCUUUUUAGAUUGUUUCCUGUUUGUUUGCAGUCUAGGCAAGCUGGGCCAAGAGUAUGCUACUAAUACAAAGGUAGAGAAGGAUAUUGUAAUUAGGGUUCGUUGAAUGUGUGUGUGUGUGUGGUGGUGGGGUUAUAAGCGUGUAAUUGUAAAAUCCUUGGCUUUCUCCUUUUAUUUUUUUCCUCCUCCCAGUGUAGACCUAUAAAGGGAUUAAUUAAAAAAAAAAAAAAAAAUUCUAAUUUAUCAAGGAACAUAUGUUGCAGUCUCGGUAUAAAAUAAAGGAGAUCUUUUUGGAAGUGUGAAAUGAUUGCAGUUUAACAACCCCUCUGGACUGACCAGGACAGUGGUGUCUCAAGAAUCUGAAAGGUGAAACCUUAACUUGAGUAUAUUCUCAAAUGAAAUAAAGGCGCUACAUUAUCGUUGUUGAUUUUGUUAGAUUGAAGUACAUAAAGGGUGGUGUCCCUCCUUUUUGUUUUAUUGAAAAGGGCAACUCCAAUGAUGUGUGUGGAUUGAUUUUUUUUUUUCCUUUGUUUUUGUACAAUGCUUCAAAAACUGCAGGGUUUUGUGUCGUUGGAUUAUUUGAUUUUUUUGUUUUGUUUACUGCCAUUGUCUAGGCAGCUAUAUUUGAAAGUUUGGAAUGAUUAUUAGAUUUAUAGAAGGUGCCUGAUUUCUUACAGGCAGACAUUGGAAACUUAUUUUAUUGUCGUUUACAUGCCUACAAAGCUCCUUAAAACUCAGUUGUACUGAAACAUAAGUACCUUUUUCUGUAAUCUAAUAUAAAUUUGAAAUUAAAUAGUGUUAACAGUUUUGUAACUCAGAUUUGUCAAUCAUUUUUUAAUAUUUUAAAAUUCAUUUUUAUAGCAGUUCCAGGACAGGUAGCUACCCUUUUUAUAUAUAAAUAUAAUUUGUGAUGACUUUGCAGCAACAGUGAUAUGUGCAAGUACUUUCGGCCACUGCCUGUUCUAAGAUGCAAGUCUUUGUUUUUUAUGAACACAGGAACAUUUCUGUAAUCUGUUUGGAUUGAGACUUCAUUGUCUGAUCUGUUUUAACUUGGCACUG